AAGAAGCCAAACCCGUCAUCAAAUCAUCUCUUUAACAUAUCUAAUUCUCCACCGAAGAAAACAUCAUCAAAAUGGCAAACUUCUCUGCUCUUCUCACGAUAACUCUCCUCCUUUGCUCCACGCUGAUGUGCACCGCCCGUCCCGACCCGACCUUUUCGGCCUCUAUCACAAUUGUUACGGCUGACCCGCUGGAAAAGAGCAUAGAAGGAAAACUGGAUGAUAUGGCAGAAGAGAACUGUGGUGCUGACGACGAAGAUUGCUUAAUGAGGAGGUCUUUGGUUGCUCAUGUUGAUUACAUCUAUACCCAGAAACAGAAGAAGAAUCUUUGAUAUAUUCACAUGUAAUACUUUAGUUAUAUCUAACAAAGUACUGCUAAUACACGUUUGUGUGUCAUCCUUAAUUAGUACUUUUCUAAUAGAUCAUCAAGAAAGUUACGGCU